CCCAGAUGCCCUCAGAGAUGCUGCAGCUGCUGCUGCCCCUGCUGUGGGCAGGGUCCCUGGCUCAGGAUAAAAGAUACACGCUGAAAGUGCAGACGCCCGUGAUGGUGCAGGAGGGCCUGUGUGUCCAGGUGGCCUGUGAGGUGUCCUACCCCCAGGAUGGAUGGAAUGACUCUACACCAGCUCACGGCUACUGGUACCUGGGAGAAGCAUAUGCACCUGACAAGGUUUUAGUGGCCACAAACAACCCAUCUCAAAAAGUGCAGGAGGAGACCCAGGGCCGAUUCCACCUCCUCGGGGAUCCCAAGACCUACAACUGCUCCCUGGACAUCAGAGACGCCCGGAGGACAGAUGAGGGAUUUUACACGUUUCGGGUGGAGAGGGGAAAUAUUGUGAAAUAUUCUUACAGACAGAACAUGCUCUCCGUGCGAGUGAUGGCCCUCAGCCACACCCCCCACAUCCUCAACCCGGGGCCCCUAGAGAGUGGCCACCCCAGGAACCUGACCUGCUCUGUGCCCUGGGCCUGUGAGCGGGGCACGCCCCCCAUCUUCUCCUGGACGUCAGCUGCCCACAGUUCUCUGGGCCCCAGGACCCGCCUCUCCUCCGUGCUCACCAUCACCCCACGGCCCCAGGACCAUGGCACCAACCUCACCUGCCAGGUGCACUUUCCUGCAGUUGGUGUGACCGUGGAGACAACCAUACAUCUCAACGUCACCU